UUCAUCUCUACUCUACAACCUAAACUAAGCUUUCUUGAUCAGUAAUAAAUUUAAAAAAUCAUCACGAAUUCAAAAUGGCUUCUAGUGCUAUUUUGUUGAUCACAUUAGCCCUCAUCAAUUUCAUUUACACCUCCUUCGCCUUCGACACUCGUCCUCUCCUAGAUUUCUGCGUUGCACGUUCAAAUGGAAAAGCAUGCAAGGACCCGAAAGCAGUUACUGCGAACGACUUCUUCCUCAGCGGUCCGCAGAAGCCCGGAAACACCUCUAAUCCGAACGGCGUGUCCAUCAACUACGCGUCAGCAGCCACGGUGCCAGGGUUCAACACUCUGGGGCUGGCACUUGCGCGGGCAGAGUUUGCGGAGAAUGGCUACUUCCCGCCACACACGCACCCUAGGGCGUCAGAGGUCAUCUACGUGGUGGAAGGCGAGGUGGAGGCCGGAUUCAUGAGCUCGACCCCGCAAAACAAGUAUUACAGCAAAAUUCUGAAAAAGGGCGAUGUGUUCAUCAUUCCAAUGGGGCUGGUUCAUCACGUGCGGAAUGUGGCAAAAGGAAAGAGUGUCUUAACCGCCACCUUCAACAGCCAGAAUCCCGGUUUCAUUAAUCUCCCCAACAAUAUAUUGGCGGCCAAGCCUGCCGUCGACACCGCUUUUCUGGCCCAAGUGUUUCAGCUGGACCAGAAAACCGUCAAAGAUUUGCAGAACAAGUUGUGGCUUUAAUCCUAAUUAUGUUAAACCCGAUCCUCUGUUACUUUAAUUCAGCCGCUUGUUAAUUUGUGUAACGAUAUUCCAGUUUAAUUUUCGAAUGUUAAUAUAUUUCAUGAAUA